UACUGAAGUCGAUGCUUAGAAUUCGCCGAUAUUUUUUCGGCACCUUUAGUUUUUUCUAUUAAAGGUUUCUGAAAUUUUAAUUGUCUAGUACGGAAAUAGCGAUUUUCCUUAAAAAAAACUACUGCUGAAAACUAAACCAAAGCUAAAUUUAUCAACAAUGGAAGCCGCAGUAGAUGGUGGACCCGAAAAUAAAGUGCAAGCUGGCGAUAAUUUGACACCAGCAGCCGCAGACAGCGAAACGCCUUUUAAUGGUGUCCCACAGGAAAAUGAGGUCACAUCAAUAAAUGCAAACGGUGACCAAGUACCCGCAGAAAAAAUGGAUGCCAAAGAAAACGAAGCCCAGUGGUCUCACAACCAACCGGCGACUGGAGUGGCAAAAGCCUUUGGUAUGCCCCCCUUCGGAGCGCCACUUGGUGCACUUCGUGGCGGACGUGGGGGUAUACAAAUUAUGCCUUUUGGCCGCGGGGGUACACGUGGCGGUGGUGGUAAUUUCGGGGGACGAACACCUGGAAACUUUGAUCCUAACUGGCAGGGCCAAAAUCCGAACGCACCACCAAAUGUAGCAAACGGUCCUCCAAUGGAACUAUGGGUAGAAACUAAGACAGAAGAUGGAAAGUCUUAUUUUUAUCAUGCCAUAACUCGUGAAACAACUUGGAAUAAGCCUGAAGGUCCAAACAUUAAAGUAAUGACGCAAACAGAAAUUGAAGAAAUGAAUAAAAAGCAACAACAAAUGCAGCAGCAACCUCCGCAACAACAGCAACAGCAGCAGCAACCUCAGCAAGUAAAUAGCCAAGUCAUAGAAGGUGGUGGUAAAAUUGGAGAUGCUGGGGUUCAUACACAAGGUGGCAAUGCGGAACCAGCAAAAGAACUACCACCAAUGUCCGUCGCACCGCCUAUGAAAGCACCAGAGUCAUUAACUCAACAUCCACCCCCCAAUUUGAUGUCACAGCCACCACCUACACAGCAGCCACUUGCACAACCACCGCCGAAUGUCGUACCAACCGGUGCACCACCACUCACACAACAACCUCCUCCCACUAUGCACCAACAGCCGCCACCAUUCUUUCCUCCAGGUAUGCACCCGCCAAACUUUUCUCAACCCCCUUUCGGUAUGCCUCCACCUGGUUAUGGUGGCUUUCCUGGUGGGCCAGCACCUUGGGGUAUGCACUGGAAUCAACAUAUGCACCCAGGUCAUGGGCCACCUGUACAAGAGAAGCCCGCUAAAACUUUAAUAAUCAAGCCUGGCGUGAUUGAUCCUGCUGUGAUCGCGCGUGCAGCCGAAUGGUCAGAACAUCGUGCGCCUGACGGACGGCCCUACUACUACCAUGCAGGACGGGGUGAGAGUGUUUGGGAAAAACCACAAGCACUCCGUGAUAUGGAAGCAGCACGUAUGGCGGCACAUUCAGGCACAACACCACAACAGGCUGUAGCGCCACAAGUUCCGCCUUCCAUGCCACCGCAUAUGAUGCCGAAUCCAGCGCUAAUGCAUAUGGCUCCUGCAGCGGGAGGCUAUGAGCAGGCGAUGGCAUAUAAUGCUGCUGCUGCAGCAGCGGCCGCAGCAGCCGCAGCAGCAGCAGCUGCUGCAAAUAUUAAACCAAUAGAACAAACGAAAGCUGCACAAGCUGCGGCAUUAGAGAAGGAAUCCAAAAAAGCGGCCGAGGAGAAACGCAAGAAAGAGGAAGAACAAAAAAAAGCUGCUGCACCAGCUGCGAAGCCAGUGGAUAAAUCAAGGCCCAUAUCGAGCACGCCCAUCGCUGGUACGCCAUGGUGCGUCGUUUGGACGGGGGACGCACGAGUUUUCUUCUACAAUCCUUCAACACGCACAUCUGUGUGGGAAAGACCUGACGAUUUGUUAGAUCGUGCCGAUGUUGAUAAAGCUGUCAACAAUCCACCAGAACAACUAAAGGCAGCCGGAACGGCGCCAGCGGAAAAACCUGUGGAAAAGGUCGAGAUAGAGAAGAAGAAGGAGGUGGAAGUUACUGAGGAAGAGGAAGAUGAUGAACCAGAAGACGACGAAGUCAUUAAAAUACGCACUGAAUCAGAGUCGAGUGUGGAAGAGGUGCCGACGAAGAAAACUAGAUUAUCCGCAAAGCAAACUAGGAAAGCUGACGCCAAUGAGGCGGCCGUCGAAGCUGAGGUGCGUGCAGCAAAAGAGAGAGCCGUGGUGCCGCUGGAAACACGCGUUAAACAAUUCAAGGAAAUGUUGCGUGAAAAGGAUGUAUCUGCUUUUAGUACUUGGGAAAAGGAGCUACACAAAAUUGUGUUUGAUCCUCGGUACUUGUUGCUGACCUCCAAGGAACGAAAGCAGGUGUUUGAAAAAUAUGUGAAGGACCGCGCCGAAGAAGAACGUAAAGAGAAGCGUAAUAAAAUGAGACAAAAGCGUGAAGAUUUUCGAAAGCUUAUGGAAGAUGCAAAGCUACAUGGAAAAUCCUCAUUCAGCGACUUUUGCCAGCGGUAUGGCAAAGACGAUCGCUAUAAGGCUAUCGAAAAGGUGCGUGAACGCGAGAGUCUUUUCAACGAAUUCAUUGUGGAUGUGCGUAGGCGGGAAAAAGAGGAGAAAAUUCAAAAGAAAGAACAGAUACGCAAAGAUUUCAUAGAGAUGCUGCGUGAGCGUUCAGACAUGGAUCGUCACACUCGUUGGCAUGACAUCAAGAAGAAAUUUGAUGCAGACCCUCGCUAUCGUGCUGUGGAGAGCUCGGUUUAUAGGGAAGAGUACUUCCAGGACUAUAUGCGUAUCAUGAAAGAAGAGAAACGUAAGCAGCGUGAGCAGAAAGAUCGCGAAAGAGAACGAGAGCGUGAACGUGAGCGAGAAAAAGAACGGGAGCGUGAAAAGGAGCGGGAGCGUGAUCGUAAGUCGGAUCGUAAGCGUGGACGUAGCGAUCGCAGCCGCAGCCGUAGUCGAGAUCGUGACCGUGAUCGCAGCGAUAAGGACAAAGGCAAGGAACGUGAGAAGGACAAGGAGCGCGAGAAAGAUAAAGAGAGGGAAAAGGAGAAAGACAAGGAGAAGGACAGGGAGAGGGAAAAGGACAAAGAUAAGGGGAAGAAUGGCGAACUGAAGAGAAAGCGCGAUGAAUCGGACGAGGAAGGCGAGCAUCAUGACGAAGAAGAUGCGCACUCAAACAGCGAGGAUGAUGAAGCGGAACGUCUACAAAAGGAGCGUGAAAAGCAGUUGCGCGCGGAACAAAGUAUACGGGAACGUGAAAAGGAAGUGCAGCGCACUUUGGCCGGACAUCUGCGCGACCGUGAUAAAGAGCGGGAACACCACAAGCGGGAUGAAGCCAUUGGCCACUUUAAUGCGCUGCUCACGGAUUUGGUACGCAAUGCGGAUCUAACUUGGAAAGAGGUCAAGCGGCAGCUUCGCAAGGACAGUCGCUGGGAACUAAUCGAAACUUUGGAUCGAGAUGAUCGUGAAAAAAUUUUCAACGAACACAUUGACACACUGAUGAAGAGAAAACGCGAAAAAUUCCGUGAGAUGCUCGAUGAGUUGCCGUCGUUAGAGUUGACGAGCUCUUGGAAGGAUAUUAAAAAAUUAACUAAGGAUGAUCCACGUUAUCUUAAGUACAACAACUCGGAUAAGUGUGAACGUGAAUUCCGUGAUUAUAUUAAAGACAAAACGCUAGCGGCAAAGACGGCGUUACGUGAACUGCUACAGGAAUGUAAGUUAAUUACACAUAAGAGCAGCGAAGUAGUUAAAGAGAAUCCCAACCAUCUUAAGGAAAUACAAGAUAUUCUGAAGAAUGACAAGCGCUAUUUGAUUUUGGAUCACAUGGAAGAGGAGCGCACAACAAUUAUUGUGAAUUAUUUAGAAGAGUUGCAUAAGCGUGGUCCGCCGCCACCACCAACUGCUUCUGAAUCGACCAGACGCAAUAAGUAGA